AUGUCACUUAGUGCAUCUCGACUUGUUCGAGCAGCAUGUGGUAGCCGAGUCGCUAUCAGAACCAUGUACAAAAAUCCCUACAUUGCGCGAUUCAAAGCACGAAGCAAGGUCUCGCCUGAUUUUUAUAAACAGACAACCGGACUAACUGGUCUUUUUGUCAACGAGCAUCCUCAUCGUACUCUUACUGUGGUGUACUGCCGUAUCUUGAAAGCACUGGAACAAAUCCCGCCCUCAGCGGCUUAUAGGAAGUACACUGAAGCUAUUGUGAAGCAACGGCUUGCACUGGUCCAGUCUGAAGACAGCAUCCCUGAGCUCGAACAGAAAAUUGGAAUGGGUCAGAUUGAGGAAGUAAUUGAGCAGGUGAGCUAUGCCUGCUUAUAUACAGUGCUCCUGAAUUGCAGAGUCGUUUGCACCAGCGGC